AUGCUAGGAGCUGUGAAAAUGGAAGGACACGAACAUUCAGAUUGGAGCAGCUACUACACCGAGCCAGAGGCUUACUCGUCAGUAGGCAACAUGAACGCUGGGCUAAGUAUGAACACCAUGAACACUUACAUGAGCAUGUCCGCUAUGAGCACCACUUCUAACAUGACAGCAAGCUCCAUGAACAUGUCCUAUGUCAACACUGGAAUGAGCCCGUCUUUGACUGGUAUGUCUCCAGGCACCGGUGCCAUGGCCGGUAUGGGGUCAGGUGUAGCCAGCAUGGCCACCCACCUGAGUCCCAGUAUGAGCCCCAUGAGCGCCCAGGCUACAUCCAUGAACGCCUUGGCACCUUACACCAACAUCAAUUCUAUGAGCCCUAUCUAUGGACAGUCCAACAUCAACCGUUCCAGGGAUCCUAAGACCUACAGGAGGAGUUACACCCAUGCCAAGCCACCAUACUCCUACAUCUCUCUGAUCACCAUGGCUAUUCAGCAGUCACCUAACAAGAUGCUGACCUUGAGUGAGAUCUAUCAGUGGAUCAUGGACCUCUUCCCUUUCUACAGGCAGAACCAGCAGCGCUGGCAAAACUCCAUCCGCCAUUCCCUGUCCUUUAACGACUGUUUCCUCAAAGUGCCGAGGUCUCCAGACAAGCCGGGCAAAGGCUCCUUUUGGACUCUCCAUCCAGACUCUGGAAACAUGUUUGAGAAUGGAUGCUACCUGAGGCGUCAGAAACGCUUCAAGUGCGAGAAGAAGCUUUCUGAAGGUGGCUCUAGUGUGGGUUCUGCCGCUACCAACAGUAGUUCGGAAAGUUCUGGGGGUAACGAGUCUCCCCAUUCCAGCUCCUCGCCAUGCCAUGAGCAGAAGAGGGCUUUGGUGGACCUAAAAUCCAACCAAGGCUUGAGCCCUGACCACAACCCUUCUCCGGUGUCCCAAGCCCAGCAUAUGCUGUCUCAACACCAUUCAGUGUUGUCCCAUGACGCCCAGUCCCACCUCAAACCAGAACACCAUUAUUCUUUCAACCACCCUUUCUCCAUCAACAACCUCAUGUCCUCAGACCACCACCACCAUAAAAUGGACUUGAAAGCCUACGAACAGGUUAUGCAUUACUCUGGCUAUGGCUCUCCCAUGGCAGGUAGCCUAGCCAUGAGUGCAGUAACGAACAAAGCUGCAUUAGAGUCCUCACCUAUUUCAAGUGACACUUCUUACUAUCAAGGUGUGUAUUCCAGACCAAUAAUGAACUCUUCCUAA